AUGGCACUCUCCGGUUGCUCUCGCUGGCGCAUCCGCCAGGGCUAUCUUCUUGGUCUGUUCUAUACCAUAGGCUUGUUGAGUUUCACUUGCAUCAUCGUCAUCUGGUAUGGCGUGAAUACAGACCGCGACUACAUUCAUCCUCUGUUAACACAGCUGAUCCCCGCCGGUCACUGUGCCUGUCAAACCUCCACCACCUUUCAGUGCUCCAGCUGCUUGACGUGUUCGCACCCGGACCUGGUCCAACAGCGCACGCCAGCACCGGCGUGGAAGUUCCAGCCUGCUCGAGAUGGCAGUAACGAAGGCCUGGACCGAGGCCAAUGUAUGGCCGCAUUCCCUGGCCUAUUCGAAGAUGUGCUUCGCGCCACGACCUUUUGGAAAUCGCAAGGUGCGCUUGCCAUCGAGGAUUUGGACGAGAUUCCCUUGAGAUAUGGCAUGGCUCGAGCAUUCAUCCACGACGGUGAGUUGUAUGUGGCUGCAGCGCGGUCAAAAGGUGAAGAUCAUCGGCGAAAGAUCGUGGCCGUGCUGAGUGCAAUCCACCGGGCGUUGGUUGCAGAUACCAAUCGUGCCAUGCGGCAGAAUAUAGAGUUUGUAUUUUCGGUGGAGGACAAGGUCGAAGAUGUGACCAGCUCCGACCAUCCUAUCUGGGUUCUUGCACGGUCUGCAACUGAGGAGGCGGUCUGGCUCAUGCCUGAUUUCGGGUUCUGGGCCUGGGAGAAUAUCCAAAAUUCACUCGGGCCAUACGAUCAAGUCGUCGAACGUAUCAAACGCACGGAUGUUCCCUGGUCACAGAAGAAACAGGAGCUGGUCUGGCGAGGGAAACCUAGCUUUGCCCCGAAGCUACGCCGCGCAUUGAUGGAAGCUGCUCGAGACCAGCCGUGGGGCAACGUGAAGCAGGUCAACUGGGACCAGCGGACAAAUAUCAUACGCAUGGAGGACCAUUGUCAGUACAUGUUUAUUGCGCAUGUAGAAGGUCGUUCCUAUUCUGCAUCCCUGAAAUACCGGCAGGCAUGCAACUCCGUCAUUGUACAGAACUACGUCGAGGUUGAACGGGAUUUCAGCGACUUGGAAGACAAGCUUGAGCCUCUUCUGGCAGACCCGAGUCUUGCUGAGCGAAUUGCCAACAACAGCGUGCGAACAUUCCGGGAUCGGUACUUGACCAAAGCGGCAGAAGCCUGCUACUGGCGCAUGCUCUUCGAGGGGUAUGGCAGCGUCUGGAAUAGCAGUAUUUCUGUGUGGUCGGAAGUACACCGGCGCGAACGAGGCCUCCGAUACGAGUCGUUCCUUUUGAUGGACAGCCGGCUGAUGUUCGAAUUCGACGCGCUGAGGUUGACUCACUGA